AGUGUUGGUUGUACUUGUUGGGGUUCUUGCUGCGUAGCUUCAUUUGCAUUCAUCAAACCAAAAGCGACUGAUGGGCAUCCCUCAACCAUCGUUGCCCAGUCGUUACCACAAUAUGCACACGAUAUUUUUGGUUUCUCGUCGUUAAUGGAAGCGGGUCCAGGUUCCCUUUUCACUGUUUUAGCUCACUCUCCCAUCGAGGCGUAGCUCUGUCACGUAAUUUCUCUCUUUAAGAUCAAUAAUUUUGUGUACACAAACUAAAUCUGACCUUGUUCUUUCUUUGUGGAAGAAUCUCUGAGAAAUCCAUGGUGUUUUGGGCGCUAAUUGCUUCGAUAAAUGACUGCUCUGCUUCCGGCUUCUCUCUGUUUUCAGGGUCUUCUAGAUAACUGGGUUUCUCGUCGAGGAAGCACACGUGGUUGAGGUACCACAUGGGAUUGGAACCAAUUCGUACACCGAGGAGAACCGAAGAAUUCACGCAACAACUAUUAGAAGAGGAAGGAGGAGGAGGAGGAGGAGGAGAAUGGCAUCGCAAUUGCUUCUCAUAGAACAGUCAUUUAACAGCCGCUACUCGGUCGAUGUGCGCGAAGCGCUCGACGAAUUCUCUGACAGUUUCACAAUCACCGACCCCAGCAUCUCGGGCCAUCCCAUCGUAUUCGCGAGCCGCGGGUUCCUGAAAAUGUCGGGUUACUCGAAAGACGAGGUGAUCGGCCAGAACGGCAGGGCAUUCCAGGGUCCCAGGACUAACCGAAGGUCGGUUAUGGAAAUCCGCGAGGCGAUUCGGGAGGAGAGGCCGAUACAGAUCAAUCUGUUGAACUAUCGUAAGGAUGGGACACCCUUUUGGAUGUUAUUUCAUAUGAGCCCAAUUUUUUGCAAAAAGGAUGGGAGGGUGACUCAUUUCGUGGGAGUUCAGGUGCCAAUUUCUCGAAAGCCGCGGCGGUCGGUGAAUGGGAUUGAGAGAAAUAGUGUGGAUUUGUGUGAAGAUGGGUCUAGGCUGCGCGGUGAUAUUUUAUUUGGGUCGUGUAGGAGGGAAGUCUGCUCUGAUACUUUGGUGGAGUUGGGUCGUGUUUUGGCUAUAGAGUCGGUCUUGGAUUCGGAUAGUAGAGGAUUAGAUAUUGAAGAGUCAUGUGAAGCAAGUGAUGUGGACAAGCAAAGAGCUGCAACUGCCUUUAACAAAAUCUUGUCUGUGCUAACCCUUCAUAGCGAGUUAACAGGCAGAUUGGUGUGUGAAGAGAGAUGUAGCUUACCCGAGCAAAGCCUUCUCAGUUCAUCCUUAAAUAUUUCUCUUGGUAGAAUCAAACAAAGCUUUGUCUUAACUGACCCACACUUAGCUGACAUGCCUAUAGUCUACGCAAGUGAUGCCUUCUUAAGAUUGACAGGUUAUGCUAGACAUGAAGUAUUGGGGUUCAAUUGUCGAUUUUUGAGUGGGGUGGAUACGGAUUCCGUAACUUUAAAUCGGAUAAAGGAAAGCAUUCGAAAUGAGCAGGCGUGCACAGUACGGAUCUUAAAUUACAGGAAGGAUAAGAGUUCAUUUUGGAAUUUUCUUCACAUAUCACCUGUUCGUAAUGCUUCUGGAAAGGUAUUGCUAUAUGCUUAGGUUUCUAUGUGAAUUUAUUAAUAACAUGGACUAACAUUUUAGGUUAUUUUUAGUUGUGGAAACUGAUUGACCAUGUAUACUCUAUUCAAUAAAGCUACCUUCUGAUGGAAACUUGCUCAUGGAUUGUGGUAUUUUUAAGUUUCCCAUACAUUGUCUAACAUACAGGGCUUUUUGUGUGGCUUAGAUUAGUUAAUUUAUACCUCAGGUUUGCCAAUGCUAGUCAUGUCUGUCUCAUUUGACAUUGCAUGUUGGAUGUUGGUUUCGUUCAUUAUGGUGCUAAAUUUGAGGUUACUUAUUUUCUUCUCUCUCUCUCUCUCUCUCU